UUAGAGCAGGAAGAAAGAAAGAGACCAGAUGGAGAAAGGGAAAGGUCCAAACUCCAACUCACAAAGAAUUUGGGUUACGAUACUGGGGUAUCCACCUAGUCCUAAGGCCCAAGACGUAUCCAUGGUUCCAACUUACAACUCCUUAGGACGUGACACGUAAGCCUGCUCCGUUUCCAUUCCACCACACAAAAUUCCUACUUCAAUCCGAAAACUGGCAAGAACCUUUGCCUCUCUCACUCUCUCCCGUCGUCUCAAUUCCAAUCGAACACGAUUCUCUGAAAAUUUACUUCAGAUUCUCAUCAGCCUUAUUUGCUCAAUUGGGUUCGAUUUCCUCCUCCAUUUCAGGCAAUCCGGCUUUCGAACCAACUGCUCUCUGUCUGGAGGUAAAUUCUAGGAAGCAGAUAGAGAGCGAGAGAGGGGAGAAAGGUCAUGGCUUUAGCAUGCGCUUCUUCUUCGCAGGCAAUCAUAUCAUCAGCCAACGCCUGCUCAUUCACAGCUUCAAACAGGAGAUGGCCUAGUUUCCAGAGCGGCAGGCGGCCAAGUUUGAAGCUUUUCACCGUCAGAGCUUCUUCGUCCGAGGUCGAUUCCGAUUGCAACACCGAGGAAUGUGCUCCUGAGAAGGAGGUCGGAAAGAUAAGCAUGGAUUGGGUAGCCGAGGAGAAAACCAAAGUGGUGGGAACGUUCCCACCUCGCACUCGUGGCCGUCCGUACACCGGCUACGUCGAGAAAGAUACCGCCGGGCAGACCAAUAUCUACUCCGUCGAGCCGACGGUUUAUGUAGCCGAGAGUGCUAUAAGUUCAGGCGCUGCUGGUUCUUCAUCCAGCGGAGCUGAAAACACAGCUGCAAUCUCCGGCGGCCUUGCCCUGAUUGCCAUCGCAGCUGCUUCGUCGAUUCUGCUUCAAGUCAACAAGAACGCACCGCCGCCUCAGGUGCAGACGGCUGCAUACAACGGCCCAUCUUUGACCUACUACAUCAACAAGUUCAAGCCACCGGAGGUCGUCCAAGCUGCAGCACCGGCUGAACCGGAGUCUGUUGCGCAACCCGUGCAGACAGAAUCUGCCGUGACAGAAACAGAGUCCGCUGCAUCAGAAGCUCCCCAGGUAGAGGCUCAAUCAGAGGUCCAGCCAGAAUCUUCACCUGUAACCGAAAACUCUGCUGCGUCCUAAAGCUAAACAAGUUUUGUUCGAUCUGCCAAAAUUUUAUAGUACCUGUACUUCCGCUAAUGUAUAGAUACUUUAUCAUUGUAUUGUAUAUUUGUUAUCGUGACUGAGGAGAUCAACAGAGGUUAUCGUGAUCCUCUUGCUGUUCAUUCGUUUUUAGUUCCCUUGAGCAAGGGUUCGGUUCAUAUAAGUUACAAUGCAAAUGGCCAUUUCUCGGACCUAAUCAUCAUAUCCUAGA